UAGCCAUGCGUUGAUAUACCGCAUAAUCGAAAGGAAGAAUUUUUAAUUCAUUGGAUAUGGUGCUUACCUUUUUGUAAAACACGAAUUGGUUCAAGUUAAGAAGACUAGGUAUUUUUCCAUGAUUUGAUGCAAUACACCAGAUGAGAAUGGACUUCGACCGUUUCGCCAUCUUACGGGAAGAUGCUGAAACACAGGUAUAGCCGAUUCGGCAGCGGCGUUUUUUUAAUUUUCACUAUUUUACCGUAGAGAAACACACCAAGCGGAAUUACUGACAUAAAAUUUCGGGGUAUAAUAUGUCCUCUAACAUCUACUUUAGCUUCCCGACGCUGUUCUUAUUUGUUUUAUCUUUGUUACAAACCCCGAAGUUUAUCUUGGUGAACCCUGUACUACUCCCAGACACGUUAUUUUAUCAGUUUAUUGUAUAGGCUUGCCAUCAAUUUGAAUUGACAGGUCAUAACUUUGAAAUUUGGACCACCUACCUCUGAAUACCACACCAGUUGUCUUAUCAAUGUUGAAUACUCAACGAACUGGUGGGAAUGCUGAGCAACGACGUGCCUCCCCCCUCGCCCGGGCUCAACAUGGAGCAUGGCUUUGUGCGCAGGAUCGAAGAAAACCAGAUGAACAGACAUUACCAGAUGAAAGAAGAUGCCCUUAGGCGCAGUGAAACGGCCAAGCUGGCACGCCGUGUGGGGAUGCCCAAUAAGUCUACCAAGCCCACUAUUGAGAUCUAUCGGCCCCCGGGUAGGAGUCGGACAACGGUUUCGGACGGGAGGUCAUUGGACACAUGUGCAUCUGCAGGAGUGAGGGUCAAUUCUGAGGCUUGCAAUGGAAUUCCUCCCUACUGCCAGGAGGAGGAAGAGGCACCACGGACUGUGCACUUUCAGGUUCCUCCAGCUGUUGGGAUCAAGGAACCCAGAAGUGCCCUGCGCCGCUCCAAGAGUUUCAGCCAUGAUGAGGUGGCUCCUUUGGAACGUGGGGUUGCCUUUGCCCCUGGGUGCCAGGAGCUGCUCAAAAAGGCCCUCAAUGAUCCUAACACGAUGAGCUCACAGCAGCUGAUGGAACUCGUACGUGCCAUCUGCACCAGAGCCACAGAAGGCAUUCAGUAUGCGGAGCCUUCUGCCCAGCUCUGCCUUUCCAUUAUUGAGAAAGAACGUGGAGAGACAUUUGUGGUAAGCCUGGUGCAUGCAUGCCGGGAAUGGUUCAACGAACGAGAUGCACUCUUACGUGGUGAAACUGCAACAUCCAUCCCUCGACGCUGGACAGCCUACGUCACCUUCCUUGCCGAACUUUUCUUGGGGUUACGGAAGCGAUUGCCUCCCUCAGGAGAGACGUAUCGACCUGCAAGCCGUACCCUGACACUGGUGAUGCUCCUGUACGACUGCUGCCACAUCAUCCUUAAGCCUCCGUCUCUCUACAAUGCGGCUGAGAUGGAGUGCCUACGUUCCGUGUUGACCAUCUCCGGGAAGCUAUUGGAGCGGGAAUCUGGACAGCGCAUGCUGAUGCUUGUGUCAGCCAUGCGCAAUGCUUUUUUGCUGCCCACACUGGCAGCACAGAUUCGCAAGACCUUGCUGGAACUGAUUGAGCUGCAUGCCAGCGGGUGGCAGUUCAGCCUGCCCCAACGCGCCUACCACUUUCCCUAUACCAGCAUCGAACGAACAUAGACGCACUGCAGGUGGCGGCAAUAUUGUUCUAGUCCCUGUUUCAUCUGUCAGCUCAGAUGAAGUUGGCUUUAAUUUUCCACAACUUAAGGAUGGUAAUGCCUGCUGGAAGCAUUGUGUAGGCUCAUUCUCAAGGUGACAAUCUGGGGGCCUUUCCAUACUCACUGUAAUGCACUAGGAAGAGUGCUUCGGAAGCUGGUGGUACAGCUUUGUUUCACCUACAACUGGGCCACUCACAAAAUUGGGCACUAGUUUUCAUGUGGCAUACGACUCUAUGCAAGUUCCAGGUGCUCUGGAGAGCACCGAGAUGGCUUUUUGGACGCUUUUGUACUACGCAUCGUGGCAGCUAGCAAUUAUUUGUUAAGCAAGUUAGCAAUUAUUUGUUAGUAUAACCAACCUUUCUUGCAACAGCGUACUGCUUUGAACACACUUUAGUGCUGUACAGCAACGAGUUUUGUAUCUGUAGUGCUCCCUCUUUCAUUAAGAUCACAGACAAUUUUGCAGUCGUGCUGUGGAUAAUGAAAAGAGGCCUGCGUGUGCACGUCUGAAUGAUUUGCGACGGCUGUGUUAACAGUUUGCUACAAAGCACAAGCUCAUUUUAUUCAGUGUUCGAAGCAGUAUGUUGCUGCAAGCAUGUGUGUAUGUGCGGCUUCAGUGUUCCUUGGUCAGUUUGUUUUCCUAUUGCGUAGCAAAGCCAUACAUUUUUGUCGGUGCUGCAAGUUUUAAAAUAAUUCAAAACUGUGAUAAAAAAUGGUACCACAUUUCUCAUUUUACUCCAGAGAUUUUUUUCUUCUAGUAAUAAUGACAAGAUAGUCAAAGAUAGUCCUAACUGCCCUAGUCAUUUUUGUAGCAACUAUUAACUUUUCAAUGUGCAAGCUGCAUUCUGUGGUGUGUGUAUACGUACGUAUCCACACGCGUACAUGUACACACAUCAAACCCUCUCAAAGUUUGCAAAAGUUUGUAGCAUAGCAGUUACGAGGUUCGAGUCUAACACGGUAGAACUUUUGCAGAAACAUACAGCAAUAAUCUAUACAUACUCUCGAGCUACUGCUACUUUGAGACAACUACAGUGCCAAUAUAAGUGCAGUCAUUCAUAGAGUUAGAUAUUUAUGAGGACAUUGUUGGUACUAUUUAACAUUUUGUAUUUGAACCGAAUAAACUCCUCAUAGAAGACUAGCAAA